UCUCUCUCUGUCUCUCUCUCUCUCUGUCUGUCUGUCUGUCUGUUCCUCCUUGCCAAAUCCCCAUGGUGGGGACUUUGGGGAUUUCAGAUGAAGAAAUGGAAAACAUUCUCGUUCUAACUGCUGUUGUCAAAAGGCCAUUUCCACAACGAAUGAGUCACUUGAUGACCCAAUGUAGGAACCACUGAACCAGUGGUAGAAAACUCUCUGUAGCACAACCACAUUCACAACAACGAGGAGUGGAAAAGAAGAGAAGUGCCCUCUGUCCAUUCAGCUAGCUGGGAUGGGAGUAGACUACUAGCCUGUAGUUAAGUAGUGGGUCCCCCCCCCCUCUCUCUCUCUCUCUGCAGCAAAUGAGUACUGGGUUUUACGAGGCUCUAGUCUAGUUCAGCCAGCAGAGAACCACCCCAGAGAACCACCCCAGAGAACCACCCCAGAGAACCACCCCAGAUGACCACCCCAGACGACCACCCCAGACGACCACCCCAGACGACCACCCCAGACAACCACCCCAGACAACCACCCCAGAGAACCACCCCAGACAACCACCCCAGACAACCACCCCAGUCCUGAGGAGUCCUCCAACGGAUGUGGCUAUAGAGGCGUGUAUAGAUGAGAAUGCAGAGAUGGUCCAGUUCCUGGUGGAGAGUGGGAGUGAUGUGAACAGAGGGGACAAUGAAGGAUGGACUCCCCUCCACGCUGCUGCCUCCUGCGGGUUCAUACAGAUCACCAAGUACCUGAUAGAGCACGGUGCACGUGUGGGGGCGGUGAACAGUGAAGGAGAGCUUCCUCUGGAUGUGGCCACUGAGGAUGCUAUGGAGAGACUGCUGAAGGGAGAGAUCAGGAAACAAGGGGUGGAUGUAGAUCUGGCGAGGAGGGAAGAGGAGCGGGUGAUGCUGGCAGAUGCCAACGAGGUGCUGGCAGGCAGUGGCAUGCUGACACCUCACCCCAACACCAAGGCCACAGCGCUGCAUGUGGCCGCGGCCAAGGGCUACAUAGAAGUCAUGAAGGUCCUGCUCCAGUGUGGUCUGGAUGUAGACAGUGGUGAUGUGGAUGGCUGGACCGCCCUGCACGCUGCGGCUCACUGGGGGCAGCAGGACGUGUGUUCUCUACUGGCUGACAACAUGUGUGACAUGGCUGCUCUCAACAACGUGGGACAAACCCCUAUGGAGGUAGCAGAUGACACCCUUGUGGACACUCUGGAGGAGCUGACAAAGAAACAGAAUGCUUUGCGUACAGAGAAAGCCAAGCUGUCCCAGCCUCCGGUCAUUGAAACCAGUCCUUCUAUCAAUAUGGCACCAGUUAGACCACGCAGGACCUCAAUCUCUCGUAUGAGCAGCCGGGAGAAGAUCUGCCUCCAUGAGAGAGAGAAGCACCCUCCCCCCGCUCUGACCAGCAGCCCAGCCGAAGAAGAAGAGGAGGAGGGAGGCCAGCCUGGGACGCAGGGACAGGGCCAGCCUGGGACGCAAGGACAGGGCCAGCCUGGGACGCAGGGGACACAGGAACAGGGCCAGCCUGGGAUGCAGGGGACACAGGGACAGGGCCAGCCUGGGACACAGGGGACACAGGGACAGGGCAAGGCCUCCAGUAGCUCCAGUUCAGAAGAGGAGGAUGACGAAUCUGAGAGCGAUGCUGAAUCAGAGAAAGCCAAAAACCGAGAGAUCAUCAACAACUUGAACAACAAACGCAACAGCUCCUCCACCCACGCUACCUCCACGGCAACCAGCACUUCAGGAGACCCGGACAAAAAGCAGGACCCAGGGAAGCCCCCAGCCCCCGAAGUGGCCCCUGGAGCGGCCCCUGGCUCCUGGAGGACCUCUCUUCGUAAGGCAGGCAGUUCUGUGACCCUGGGUCCUUCAGGGGCCAACGACCCCAGCCAGGAGUCCACCCGCGGGGCCCCUGAGUCUGGCCUGGGCCUAGCGAUGCCCCGCUCUGCCUCCAGUCCACGCCUCAGCUCCAACACCACCACCACAGACACCAAGGAACCCAGGACUGCCAGAGUGAACCCCAGUCCAACCAGACGUCUCUUCAGUAUGCCAGACACCAACCCAGACAGCACUAGUAGGUUAGUGAACCCCAGUCCAACCAGACGUCUCUUCAGUAUGCCAGACACCAUCCCAGACAGCACUAGUAGGUUAGUGAACCCCAGUCCAACCAGACGUCUCUUCAGUAUGCCAGACACCAUCCCAGACAGCACUAGUAGGUUAGUGAACCCCAGUCCAACCAGACGUCUCUUCAGUAUGCCAGACACCAUCCCAGACAGCACCAGUAGCUGGCUGAGUCGUAGCUCCUCUUACACCCGACGCCUCAAUAGUACUGGAAGUGAUCUUAGUAGCUCCACCCCCUCCUUGCCUCUCAGCUCAUCCUAUGGACGCAAACCGGAUGACCCCACGGGAACAGGAAGUAGCUCCUCUGCUGGACUCAGUCGACUCAACAUCCUGGUGGCCCAGAGACUGGCUCAGGAGCAGGCAGAGAAGAAGGAGAAGGAGCAGGGUUCUGUCACCACCACCUCCAUCUCUGUGACCACGACGACCGGCGGGGGCAGCGAUCUGGAGACAAAGCAGAGGCGCAAGUCCUACUUGACCCCGGUACGUGAUGAGGAGGCUGAGGCUCAGAGGAAGGCUCGCUCCAGACACGCCAGACAGUCACGACGAUCCACUCAGGGGGUGACGCUCACAGACCUGAAGGAAGCUGAGAAGACAAUGAAGACGGCACAGACGGACGAAGGGAGAGACAAGGCCACGAAGACGGCACAGACAGACAAAGGGAGAGACAAGGCAAGGAAAGAGGAGGAGGAGAAGGAAGAGGCCAAUAAGAAGAAAGCAGAAGAGGGGGAGGUAAGCUGGAGGUCCCGCAUCGCCAGCCUGCAGAAGUCUGACCUGUUGGGGCUGACUCAACCGGCUGGUACCCCUCGUCCUCAGACCUCCGGCCAGGAGAGGAGUGCAGAAGGGGAGAGUGAGAGUGACCGUAUCGCCAGGGAGAGACGGAGAGCCCGGGCCAGGAGGAGAGCUCAGAGGGCUGGAGAUAGUGAUGACAACGAGCCCGGUGUAGAGGAGGGGUUGGGAGGCAGUGAGCAGGAUCCACAGACAGACAGGCACUCCAGCACCAGGUCCGACGUGUCAUGUAACGACUGUAUCGACAGAGGAGGCGGCUCUGAAACUAAGGAUUACAAGAAGCUGUUUGAGGUGGUGUCCAGGGAGAAUGGUCAGCUCCAGUCCCAGCUGCAGGACACCCAGAGGACCAUCUCUCAGACCAGACUGGACCUGGACAAGGCCACCCAGAGACAGGAGCGGUUCAGUGAUUGUUCAACCAUGCUAGAGCUAGAGAAGAAGGAGCGACGGAUGUUGGAGCGGCGUGUGGCUGAGCUGGAGGAGGAGUUGAAGGUGCUCGGUGACCUGAGAGCUGACAACCAGCGACUGAAAGACGAGAACGGAGCGUUGAUCAGAGUCAUCAGUAAGCUCUCCAAAUAGACGGAGAGAACGAGAGCGAGAGACAACAGGGAAGCCCACUCCCUCCCUCCGUCCAUCCACCCCUCCCACCUCACAUUCCUACCAGUGCCAAAGAAUGAAAGAGAGAGAGAGAAGAGAAGAGGGGGGGGGACAAGAAACAGAAAAGAGAAGACGUAUGAGAAUGUGGUACUCUAAACAACACCAUAUCUUGACUUGAUUGUGACGCCUCUUCUUCCUUAGUCCUGACCAAUCGCUGUGGCUUGUUGUGUGUGUGUGUCUUAUGCCCACUUUGAAGACAGGACCGUAUCCAUGGCAGGUAGCCAUGACAACUGUGGUCAUGACAACGGCUCGCAUAGUAGCAAAGAGACGUGACAACAGCCAAAUGCCCAUGGGAUUGUGAUGUAAAAAACAAACAGGAUAUAGACAAUGUUCACAAGGGGGAACACUAAUAUGAGAAUACACAAUCCUUCUGGUGCCAUCCACACACAAUCCUGCCAUCCACACACAUUGCACCGGUCCAAGGCAUCUUGGUCCCUUAGCUCUCCCACUUAGUAAUUUAUUUUGUUUUGUGACCACCACAUUCACACACCACCUUUUCCACCAACCCACUCUGCUAUUGUACUAACUACGGAUCUCAGUCCCUCCCACUCAAAACUCUCUUACCCCACAAAUACACUCCUUAUAGAGGCUUUCACAUCGACUCCGUGCCAGACCCUGGAUCCAAACCAUAGACAUCCAUACAGCUUUCUUUGUGUUACAUCCUAAACUGUAAACAGAAACCAUGACCUUUCUUAACAGUUGGAGGGGCCUGUUUUCCCGGACACAGAUAAAGCCUAGUUCAAACCUAAUGGAGAUUCUUCUCUCCAUUCAGCAAGGUUUUUAGUUCAGGAUCUAGUCUGUAAGGAAUGAGGGUAGUGUUGCACAUCCCACAUUUGGGAAUACCGCUGCUGUGUCCGGGAAAACCAACCCCUUUCUGUUCUAUGGGCUGAAAUAUUUUCACUUUUAAACUGGUAACAGUAACAUUUCCACGUUAUUUUCAUUUCACUUUUCUGUAUUCAGUCACUUUCAGACUUCAAUCUCUAAAAGACCAACUGGGGGGAAAUCCAAUAGCCUCUUAUUCUGGUAGUGUCAUUGCACUCCAAUAGCCUCUUAUUCUGGUAGUGUCAUUGCACUCCAAAAGCCUCUUAAUCUGGUAGUGUCAUUGUACUCCAAUAGCCUCUUAUUCUGGUAGUGUCAUUGCACUCCAAUAGCCUCUUAAUCUGGUAGUGUCAUUGUACUCCAAUAGCCUCUUAUUCUGGUAGUGUCAUUGCACUCCAAAAGCCUCUUAUUCUGGUAGUGUCAUUGCACUCCAAUAGCCUCUUAUUCUGGUAGUGUCAUUGUACUCCAAUAGCCUCUUAAUCUGGUAGUGUCAUUGCACUCCAUGAGCCUCUUAAUGAGGUAGUGUCAUUGUACUCCAAUAGCCUCUUAAUCUGGUAGUGUCAUUGUACUCCAAUAGCCUCUUAAUCUGGUAGUGUCAUUGCACUCCAAAAGCCUCUUAUUCUGGUAGUGUCAUUGCACUCCAAUAGCCUCUUAUUCUGGUAGUGUCAUUGUACUCCAAUAGCCUCUUAAUCUGGUAGUGUCAUUGCACUCCAUGUCCCUUUUAUUCUGGUAGUGUCAUUGUACUCCAUGAGCCUCUUAAUCUGGUAGUGUCAUUGUACUCCAUGAGCCUCUUAAUCUGGUAGUGUCAUUGUACUCCAAUAGCCUCUUAAUCUGGUAGUGUCAUUGCACUCCAUGAGCCUCUUAAUGAGGUAGUGUCAUUGCACUCCAUGUCCCUCUUAAUCUGGUAGUGUCAUUGCACUCCAUGAACCUCUUAAUCUGGUAGUGUCAUUCCACAUGCGUGUUCUGAACCCACCAGAGAUCCACUCUUCCCCUCACACACAUGCGUGUUCUGAACCCACCAGAGAUCCACUCUUCCCCUCACACACAUGCGUGUUCUGAACCCACCAGAGAUCCACUCUUCCCCUCAAACACUAUAGUGUUCUGAACCCACCAGAGAUCCAGUCUUCCCCUCAAACACUAUAGUGUUCUGAACCCACCAGAGAUCCACUCUUCCCCUCAAACACUAUAGUGUUCUGAACCCACCAGAGAUCCACUCUUCCCCUCACACACUAUAGUGUUCUGAACCCACCAGAGAACCACUCUUCCCCUCACUAGUGUUUUUGUUUAGUGGCCCACAGAGUCUGCGUCCCAAAUGAAACCCUCAUCUAAGUAGUGCACUACAUCAGGGCCCUGGUUAAAAGUAGUGCACUAGAUAGGGAAUAGGGUGCUAUAGGCCCUAGUUAAAAUUAAUGCACUACAUAGGGAAUAGGGUGUCAUUUGGGACACACAUACCUACUCCAUGCUCCUUUAAAUGACCACAGACAGAGCAGUCUGUUGACCACAGCACUUUACUCACCACCAGCCAGGCCAAGCUAAGCGAUCACAGAUCUGCGCCAGGCCAAGCUAAGCGAUCACAGAUCUGCGCCAGGCCAAGCUAAGCGAUCACAGGUCAGCGCCAGGCCAAGCUAAGCCCCGUCCUGAUUCAUACUAUACAAAACAGCUCCCCUCAUCCACAAAUCUGCAAUCCCAAUAAUCUGUCCUUUCUCCUGAAGUGUGCACUCGUGCACUCCUUCACAAAUGUAAAAGCAUUGGAUAGGUGGAGGUAUGGACUAGACUAGAGGAUAGGUGGAGGUAUUAACUAGACUAGAGGAUAGGUGGAGGUAUUGACUAGACUAGAGGAUAGGUGGAGGUAUGGACUAGACUAGAGGAUAGGUGGAGGACUAGACUAGAGGAUAGGUGGAGGUAUUAACUAGACUAGAGGAUAGGUGGAGGUAUGGACUAGACUAGAGGAUAGGUGGAGGUAUUGACUAGACUAGAGGAUAGGUGGAGAUAUUGACUAGACUAGAGGAUAGGUGGAGGUAUUGACUAGACUAGAGGACAGGUGGAGGUAUGGACUAGACUAGAGGAUAGGUGGAGGUAUUGACUAGACUAGAGGAUAGGUGGAGAUAUUGACUAGACUAGAGGAUAGGUGGAGGUAUUGACUAGACUAGAGGAUAGGUGGAGGACUAGACUAGAGGAUAGGUGGAGGACUAGACUAGAGGAUAGGUGGAGGUAUUGACUAGACUAGAGGAUAGGUGGAGGUAUUGACUAGACUAGAGGAUAGGUGGAGGUAUUGACUAGACUAGAUGAUAGGUGGAGGUAUUGACUAGAGGAUAGGUGGAGGUAUGGACUAGACUAGAGGAUAGGUGGAGGUAUUAACUAGACUAGAGGAUAGGUGGAGGUAUUGACUAGACUAGAGGAUAGGUGGAGGUAUUGACUAGACUAGAGGACAGGUGGAGGUAUUGACUAGACUAGAGGAUAGGUGGAGGUAUUGACUAGACUAGAGGAUAGGUGGAGGUAUUGACUAGAGGACAGGUGGAGGUAUGGACUAGAGGAUAGGUGGAGGUAUGGACUAGACUAGAGGAUAGGUGGAGGUAUUGACUAGAGGAUAGGUGGAGGUAUUGACUAGAGGAUAGGUGGAGGUAUUAACUAGACUAGAGGAUAGGUGGAGGUAUGGACUAGACUAGAGGAUAGGUGGAGGUAUUGACUAGAGGAUAGGUGGAGGUAUGGACUAGAGGACAGGUGGAGGUAUGGACUAGAGGAUAGGUGGAGGUAUGGACUAGAGGAUAGGUGGAGGUAUGGACUAGACUAGAGGAUAGGUGGAGGUAUUGACUAGACUAGAGGACAGGUGGAGGUAUUGACUAGACUAGAGGACAGGUGGAGGUAUUGACUAGACUAGAGGAUAGGUGGAGGUAUGGACUAGACUAGAGGAUAGGUGGAGGUAUUGACUAGAGGACAGGUGGAGGUAUGGACUAGAGGAUAGGUGGAGGUAUGGACUAGACUAGAGGACAGGUGGAGGUAUGGACUAGACUAGAGGACAGGUGGAGGUAUGGACUAGAGGAUAGGUGGAGGUAUGGACUAGACUAGAGGAUAGGUGGAGGUAUUGACUAGAGGAUAGGUGGAGGUAUGGACUAGACUAGAGGAUAGGUGGAGGUAUUGACUAGACUAGAGGAUAGGUGGAGGACUAGACUAGACUAGAGGAUAGGUGGAGGUAUGGACUAGACUAGAGGAUAGGUGGAGGUAUUGACUAGAGGAUGGGUGGAGGACUAGACUAGAGGGAGUUUCACCAUGAAUUUGCUUUGAUACCCAAGAAAGCAAGUGAACAAGUGCACACUUUGGUAGAAAGGACAGAUUAUUGGGCCCAGUGCUAAACUCCCUCCUUAGGUUUCUAUUGGGAAGGUGGGAGGGGAACGGAACGGAUAGCGGGAGGAGAGGUGUAUCACCGCAGAGCUGAGGGUCAAAGGUCAUUGCACAAUAUUAUAGACUUGCUGUUCUGUAAAAGCCUAAUAUGCAAUGCAUUGUUUAUUAUUAUUAUUACCAUAAUAAAAUAUGAUAAAAUAUAUUAUUUUCGUAUUUUUCCAUUUUGUCUGAUGUCAAUCUCUCCCGCUUUGCCAGGGAGCCACAUUGUUGGAUUAUGUAUAUUAUAUUAUACAUGUGUAAUAAAUAAGUAAUAUUAGGCUUGAAUUAAUAAUAAUCCUGUUGAGAGAAAUGAAUCCCAUGUAGUCUUCAUCACCAUGUUGGUCUAAUAAUGUUACAUGGAUGACAGCACCUAAUAAAGCAUGUGUUUGUAAA